AUGUCGCGCAAGUAUCAAACGUUAAGCCCCGCUACGGGUCAGGUUGUCAAAGAAUUCCAUGGGCUUUCGGAUCGGGAAGUUGAAUCGGCAUUGGAUAAGGCCAAUCGACGGUUUGCAGAUGACUGGCGCUUCCGCCCUGUGCAAGAUCGAGCACGCGUCCUUACAAAAGCAGCUGCUAUAUUGCGAGAGAGGAUCGACGAGUAUGCGGGAAUCGUCACACUUGAGAUGGGCAAGCUUAUAAGCCAGUCCCGAGCAGAGGUUGAGGUAUCUGCCGGUAUUUUGGAGUAUUACGCCAAACAUGCGGAACCCUAUCUGGAGACAAAGCCUGUUCUUGGAACCCAAAACACCGUCAUUGUCACAGAGCCGAUCGGCAUUAUCCUGGCAGUUGAGCCUUGGAAUUUUCCCUACUACCAAUUGGCGCGUGUGGUAGGCCCUCAGCUCGCCGCUGGCAACGUUGUUAUUGUUAAGCACUCCCGGAACGUCCCGCAAGCCGCUCUAGCUUUCGAAGAACUGCUCCGGGAAGCCGGCGCACCAGAGGGCGUCUACACGAACCUUUUCGUUGAGUUCGACCAGGUCAACAAGAUUAUCGACGACUUCCGUGUUCGUGGAGUGACGCUCACAGGCAGCGAAAGUGCGGGCGCAAAAGUCGCCGAACGAGCCGGUCGCGCGCUGAAGAAGGUUGUGCUGGAACUUGGGGGUAGUGAUCCAUUUAUCGUGCUUAGUGACGCUGAUAUGGAAGAUGCCGUACGUCAAGGUGCCGAGGGUCGUAUGGCCGUGACAGGCCAGGAAUGUGUAGCGUCGAAGCGCUUCAUCAUUGUCGGCAAGGAGCGCGGCCAUCUCUUUGUCGAAGGGUUGAAGAAGAUCUUUGAUUCUUUGAAGUUCGGUGAUCCAGCGGAUGAGUCAACUACUCUUGGUCCAUUGAGCUCGGAGAGCGCCCGUGAUACAUUGUUUGAACAGAUCAAGUCGGCCAAGGCUCAUGGGGCUCAUAUUGUCUCUGGUGGAAAGAUCAUUGACCGGCCCGGCUUUUACAUCGAGCCUGCCAUCAUCACAGAUAUCGACGAGAAGAAUCCUCUUUAUUACGAAGAAACAUUUGGUCCUGUCGCGUCGAUCUAUGUCGUCGACGAUGAGGAAGAGGCUAUCAAACUCGCCAAUGCAACGAGGUACGGUCUGGGUGCGUCUGUUUUCAGUAAAAAUAUUGCGCAUGCCCGAGCUGUGGCUACUAAGAUCGAAACUGGAAUGGUAUUUAUUAACUCGCCAGCGGUACUGUUACCGGAUGUGCCGUUUGGAGGUAUCAAGAAUUCGGGUUUCGGCCGGGAGCUCGGGGAGCUAGGGAUCGGCGAAUUUGUGAAUCGUAAAGUCAUCCGGGUCGCAGCUUGA